GAUCUAGAAAGGAGAAAAGAAGAACUUGAAGAACUUCAUUUAUUAGAGGCAUGUUAUCCUGAAGCAGAGAAAUUAAAACGAGAAAAUAGAUUGCUUUCUCGGUGGAAUCACUACAUUCAAUGUGAUGGGAGUCCUGAUCCUUUAGUUCCCCAAGAAAUGAAUACUUUCAUUAGUUUGUGGAAAGAGGAAACAAAUGAAACGUUUGAGGAAGUGAUUGAGAAGAGUAAACUAGUGCUAAAUUUAAUUGAGAAAUUGAAAUUAAUUUUGUUGGAAACUCCACCAUAUGAUUUGCAAGAUAAAAAAGUAAAACAGUACCAAGGAUCAAUUCAAGAGCUGCAGGAGCUCCUUCAUUUUAAGUUUAAUGUAGCCACAGAAUUACUCCUCAGACAAGCUAGUACUUUGGCAGACCUGGACAGUGGAAAUAUGGAAAAAAUUAUUCAACAUGAAAAUAUUACUCUAUAUUUGUGGGCAAACCUCAAGAAGAAUCCAAGCAUCAAAAAUUAUAAAGACUAUACCAAUGUGGAAAAUGGAUAUAACAUAAUAAUAAAACCUAAAACUAUAAAGAUCAUGGAAGAAGAAGUAGGGACAGUGCUAAAAAAACUUGCUAGUGCUGUUGCAGAAUCUGAAGCCAUAAAAUCUGAAGUGGAGAUGAAAUUAUUAAGUGAAACAGUUUCAGCAGCACAAUUGUUGCUGAUAGAGAAUGCUUAUGAAAAGCCAGAAUUUUUUGAAGCAUAUGAGGUUGAUUUAUUUCAAUUCACAACUCUGGGUGGAGUGUACCACUUGGAUAUUUUGGAGCUUCCCCCACAGUGUAAACCGGUGAAUGGCUGGAUGAUUGUGGAAAUACUCAAAGAAGGAUUACAGAAAUAUGUAUAUCCUCCGGAAACUACUGAAGAUUUUGAAAUAGAAAAUGCUUUUCCACCUAUAGAGGUCACGCUUCAGGUUCAUGAAAAUGUAAUAUUUUUUGAGGAUCCUAUGGUUGCAAGGUGGGACCAUGAAGGUAAACAUUGGAGAACAGAUGGUAUCAGCCAUGUAAUUUAUAAUUCAGAAGACAAACUUGUAACGUUCAACCUGGAAACUUUUGGUCCUGUCACCUUGAUUCAAGAUGCUCAUAUUAACAUGCCUUACCAGUCAUGGGAACUAAGACCACUUGCAGUGAAUAAAGUACUUUUGACUGUGACUACAGUGUUUACUGAGCUUCAAAUUCAAAUUAAGGAAAACCUCUGCAUGUUAGCUUCAAUCAAACUAAAAAACAAAGAGCACGAGUCUAUUUUGAAAGGAAGAUGGAUGCCUCCUAUUCCUUUCAUUAUUGCAUUGAAAGAAGUUGGAUUGAAUAUCUUCCCUACUGGACACUCUCAUUUUUAUGUUUUAAUAAACAAUAAGGCUGCUUUGGUAGAAUUAAAAGCUUAUCGACAAAUGGCCCUGCUAAGUUCUGCUUUUGCGUUUAGUUGGAGCAAGUGGAAUAUAAGUUGUGGUUCUAGCAAAGUUGUUUUUCAGGUAAAGGAACACCUUAACCAAGAACUUGAUACUGAAUAUCCUGAUUGGGCCCUUUUAAUGUUUAGUGGUGACAGAGCACAAAGACUGAAGAUCAGUGAAUACAGUGAGACAUUCUCUGAAGCACUUCAAGAGGAAACCGAGUUUCACUCGACUCUCUAUCACAUGGUUAAGGACUUUGCUUCUGGAGACGCGAUAGAGAAAAUUAGAAGUUCCAAUUGCCAGUUUGUUGAUUGUGUAUGCCAGAUGCUACUUUCUACUAGAUUACUCAGCUAUUCUUAAUCCCCACGGAUAAAUCUGAAGAAUCAAGCAAUUUGAAAAAAAAAAAAAUCAGGUGUUUCUUCGAUAAAGUAUAACAAGUGAAUAUAUUUCAAAUAGCUAUUGAAAUUAUCUAAUCCGCAUUUUACACUCAAAUUUUACUUUAAACAAUG